AUGGAUGCAGCUCCCAACUGUGCCAUCUGCAAUGCGCCGCCAUAUCCUGAAUGCUCCUGCGAAUCGGAGCGGCUUCAAAUAGCCGUCAAGCAGGCUGAGGCGCGUGCUAUGGAAGAUCGCAUGGCUGAGAUACGAGACUGGGUAAUCAACAAUGCGCGCCAGCAUAUCCUCAACGCAUUCGAAAGAUUGACCUCGACACGCAAGCAAGCGCACUCAUCAUACCUAGCUUCCCUCCCAAACUACGAGGUCUACAUGCGAUACUCUGGCCACCCGCCGAUACACCCCAUGUACGUUGCGACGUUGCAGACACAGAUCGCAGAGGCGCACGCGGAACUCAAGCGCGGUAUUGACGCCGACUGGCGCGCAUCGGUGCUGCGAUAUCCAGAAGUGCUGGACUACUUCUACAGCCUUGUCGAGCUCAGACUGCCGGACGAUCGCUCUCGAGAAGUCGUUGAACCACCCUUCGCCGCGGCAGGCUACGCGGAUGUAGGAUAUGGAGUCAAACAGAAGAAGAAGAAGCGACGAGAGAGGGAGGGAUCAGUGCCGCAGCAACACAUGGCUCUCAGAGUGAUGCGUGGAGUGCCACCUCCUGCGGUGCCGACUCCACCAAUCCAUCACAACGGGUCGUAUCCUCGGCCGCCCGAUCCCUACGGAUACUAA